GAAUGGAAAUACAUGGAAAAUGCUGGCAACUAAAGCCUGGCAAGUUUAUGCAUGAACUAUACAUAAGCAAUUUCCUGGUAGCUUCAAAUGCUCAAAAUUUUGGAAAUACAAGCGUAUGGAAUUGCUCUACUUCUAUCGCCCGCCGUUAUCUUCUACCAAAAAAAAAUCUUGAAUAGUUAUUGUACCUAUACUCAAAAGUCUUGGUCAAAUUCCAUCUCUAUCUCCCAAGCACAAUUCACAAUUUCCAAAGCUACACAUUUCUUGUUACUUGGUUUACAUUAUAUUAAAGGAAGGAGCAGUAGAACAGCCUUCCUAUCUCUUUCAUUUCUUUGAAAAAUGAUAGUUUAGAUUGAUUUAACAAUAUAUUACCGAUCAAAAACACCUUCUAUUACCAAUUCUUCUCUUCUUCAUCUUCUUUUGAGGAAGGAAAAAACAUGGUUGCCCAUGUCUUCCUGCUGCCCCAUGUAGUACAUUCCAUCUUCACCCUCUUCUUUCUCUUAAGCUUUGUUACGCCAUCUUGUUGUGAAGGCGAUCAGGAUUUUUCUGAGUGCUUAAAACCAUUCCACUGUGGACUCCUGUCAAAUCUUAGUUAUCCUUUCUGGGAUGAUAGCCGAUCUGAAAUCUGUGGUUUUCUAGGGUUGAAGCUCCGGUGCCAAGAAGGUAAGCGCCCUGUUAUAUCUAUAAAUAAUGAAGAAUUUUUUGUAAAGUCCGUAGAUCAACCCCAACAUGUGAUGACCAUUGCUCUAUGGGAGACUGUUUGUCCUCUUGAUAAUGUCUCCCAAUUUCCUGACACAAGUCUAAACGAGACUCCAUUCAGCUAUGUGCCAGCGUUUGAAGACAUAACUCUAUUCUACAAUUGCACAAACCAGAUAACGAUGAUACCGGAUGCAUACAGAGUUUCAUGUGGAGAAAAUGGUCCACGGAAUGCAUUUUAUGCAACUGAUGAUGCGUCUUUUAGGGGCCAAGACCUCCCAGAUUGUAACACCAGUGUGAAGGCUUCAGUUCCAAGUCGAGAACUUAUCCGUGGAUUGGAAAAUUUAACUAGAGUUUUGAUAGAAGGGUUUAAUGUAACCUACAAGUUUAAUCAUUCCUGCGGCGCCGACCCUUCUCCGACCCUUUUUGAAUGCCUUUGCCGUGAGAAACCCGAUCGUGCUGGGUGUCCAAAAGACAAUAAUCCGAAUGUGCCAGCGAAAGUUGGUAUAGGUGUUGGGGCUUUUCUUGGUGGAGUCAUAGCCUGUGUAAUUGUCUUCAUCUAUCUACGUCGCAGGAGAAAACCAUAUGCUCCAUCUUCCUUUGUCUCUAAAAGCACCACAUCAGACUUCUCAAAGUCAGAUAUUGAGAAAGGAGAGCAUUACUUUGCGGUCCAUCUCUUUAGCUAUUCUGAGCUUGAAGAGGCCACUAACAAUUUUGAUUCUGCCAAGGAACUUGGAGAUGGAGGUUUUGGCACGGUAUAUUAUGGAAAACUCCGAGAUGGGCGUGCUGUUGCAGUCAAACGCUUGUAUGAGAACAAUUACAAGAGAGUUGAGCAGUUUAUGAAUGAAGUUGAUAUCCUAACUCGCUUGCACCAUCAACAUCUUGUCUCACUAUAUGGGUGCACCUCUCGCCACUGCCGUGAGCUCCUACUUGUAUACGAGUACAUUCCCAAUGGCACAGUUGCUGAUCAUCUUCAUGGAGAAAGGGCUAAGCCUGGUGCACUCCCAUGGUGUACUCGAAUUAAAAUUGCUGUAGAGACUGCUAGUGCAUUGGCAUAUCUACAUGCUUCAGAUAUCAUCCAUCGUGAUGUGAAAACCAACAACAUUCUUCUUGACAACAAUUUUUGUGUUAAAGUUGCAGAUUUUGGAUUGUCUCGCUUCUUUCCAAUGGAUGUUACUCAUGUUUCAACUGCUCCACAAGGAACUCCUGGUUAUGUUGAUCCAGAGUAUCAUGAAUGCUAUCAGCUGACUGACAAGAGUGAUGUCUAUAGUUUUGGGGUGGUCUUGGUUGAGCUUAUAUCAUCCAUGCCUGCCGUUGAUAUCACUAGGCAUCGCCAUGAGAUUAAUUUGUCCAACAUGGCAAUCAAUAAGAUACAAAGCGACGCAUUGGAUGAACUUGUAGACCAUAAUCUUGGGUUUGAAUCAGAUAAUACUGCAAGGGGAAUGAUAACUGCAGUGGCAGAGUUGGCAUUUCAAUGUCUGCAAAGCGCAAAGGAGUUGAGACCAUCUAUGGAACAAGUGUUAGAGACUCUAAAGGAGAUACAAAAUAAGGACUAUGAUAUAGAAAAAAAGACACAGGAGACGGAUAUUCCAUCAGAUGAUGUUGGGUUGUUGAAGAGUGGUCAGCUGCCACGUUCUCCAGAUACAGUCAUGAUGAAAUGGCUUAGCAAUUCCACUACACCUAAUAUCAGUGGUUAAGUUUCUCUUGUUUCAUCGAGUUUUCCAGUAAAUAGACCGGUAGCUUUGAAGUGGCAACAUACAUGAGUAUUUUGGAAGGGAUGUACGCAUGGUUUGAAAAGUCAUGGUUAUAUUCAACUGAUUUUUACCUUUGUACUAUAAUUGUAAGUUAAAAUCAAAUAUUGUUUUAUUCUUUAUACUGAUUUUACCUUAGCAACAUGUUCUCUAACAAUGACAUUUACAUUCUUAAAUGCAAUGUGGCCUAGCUUAGUGCA